CUUCUAAGUUACCUAGUGCCGUUUGUGGUCACACCCACUGCAACAAAAGUCUUAAUUAGCCAUCAACCAAACCUUCUUUCAACUUCCUAAAAACGUGGGUGCCUUCCCUCUUUUGUCAUUAACCCUUACAAGUGAGCCAUUUUCUUUGAAAAUUUCAUGGUUUUCUAGGAUAGUGAUAAGGGUUAGUUUCAGACAAGUGUGAUUCCUUUUGUCUACAUUUGCUUUUUCUGUCCUAUAAAGCCCUAAACCAGCCUCUUCUUCUAGCUAUAGCUCACCAUGGGACUAUCUUUCUUCACUUUUCUCUUCUCUUUCUUGAGUUUUUGCACUCAUUUCAGUUCUGUUAACCCUCAACCGUUAGACCACAUUUCACUAGCACCUUCUCCUGCACCGCAGCCGGCUAUUAUGCCCAAGAUCCAAUCCAGUCCUCCAAGGCUUUUUAAUGUGAUGUCGUUCGGGUCUGUAGGCGAUGGUGUGACAGAUGAUACACAAGGGUUCAAAAUGGCGUGGGAUUCGGCCUGUCAAAACAACGAACCAACGGUCCUUCUGGUUCCCAAGCAUUAUACUUUCUUGAUACAGUCCUCCAUUUUCACAGGAAGUUGCAGAAACAGCCUUGUGUUUCAGAUUGAAGGGACAAUUAUGGCACCAGAUGGACCAAGAUUGUGGCCAAAAGGCAUGAGCAUGAGACAGUGGCUGGUGUUUUAUAGGGUGAAUGGGAUAUCUCUACAAGGUGGUGGAGUUAUUGAUGGAAGAGGAGAAAAGUGGUGGGAUCUUCCAUGCAAACCUCACAAAGGACCAAACGGAACAACACUGCCUGGUCCUUGUGACAGUCCUGUUGCUAUUAGGUUUUUCAUGAGCACAAACGUAACAGUAAAAGGAGUUAAAGUGAAAAAUAGUCCGCAAUUCAACUUCCGGUUCGACGGGUGCCAUGGCGUAUAUAUAGAUUCGGUGAAUAUUAAAGCUCCUUCUCUUAGCCCCAACACCGAUGGAAUCCAUAUCGAGAACACAGAUGACGUGAGGAUAUACAAUACACUUGUAUCUAACGGUGAUGACUGUGUAUCGAUUGGAGCAGGAUCUUAUAAUGUAGACAUAAAGAACAUUACAUGUGGUCCAAGCCAUGGGAUAAGUAUUGGCAGCCUCGGGAUGCGUAACACACGAGCCUGUGUAUCGAACAUAACGGUCAUGGACUCUGUGAUCAAGCAUUCCGACAAUGGGGUCCGAAUCAAGACAUGGCAAGGAGGGUUUGGCUCGGUGUCGAAUGUGCGGUUCAUCAACAUUCACAUGGACACCGUUAGAAACCCGGUCAUGAUAGACCAGUACUAUUGCCAGUCUAAAGGGAUGUGCCCAAACCAGACCUCAGCGGUUCGUAUUUCCGACAUAAUUUACGAGCGAAUUUGGGGAACUUAUGAUGUUAGAAGCCCAGCCAUGCAUUUGGGUUGCAGUGAUACUAUUCCAUGCACAAACCUAACAUUUUCUGAGGUGGAAUUGAUGCCUUCUCAAGGGCUGAAUAUGGCGAGUCCAUUUUGUUGGAAUGCAUAUGGAGUUCUCCAAACUCUUACUAUACCACCAGUUUUCUGCUUGUUGGAGGGUAACCCUGAUUCCCUUCCUAAUACUGAUAUCGUUCAAUGUUGAACACUAUCAGUUAAACCGGUUAAAACUUACUCCGAAUAACUCAAAACUAGCAAGUCUUUUUGUGUUUAGGAUGUGUUACUAUUAACGGAGGAUUAGAAAAGUUUCAUCCCCAUAAUAUUGUAAAAUUCAUAUAUAGC